UAAUGGAUUCUUUGAAAUACAAAAGCAAGGUUGGGUAUGUUCCUCCUCCAAUGCCGCAAGAGCAUGUCAGGGAGGUGUACCCAAACAAUAUGCCAUCAUCUACAGCACCAUUCAUGCCUUUGAAUGGACAUGUAGCUGUGGAGAAUAUUCAGAUGAACCCAGCCUAUCCUGUGCUGGAGCCUCCCAAAGAGUUUGCUCAUCCUAUGCCUCAACCAGACUUUGAGCAAGCCCAGGUUCAACCAUCAAUUACCAAAAAAGACAUCAAGAAGAAUAUCAAGAACUCUAAGAAAUCUGUAUUUGGUAUCCUCAGAAUCAAAAGAAUCUUCUUUAUCAUCAAGAUCAUUGCACUAGUUUCAACCCUAAUCUUCCUAUUUGAUGAUGAAGAUUUUGAAAUCCCAGGAGCUGAAGUUGUUGCGCUACUUUUAACCGUUUCAACUGUUUUGUUUGGACUAAAUAUUAGAAUCGGAAGAAAAGCUAUCAAGAAAAGUACAAAAGCUUUGAAGAGAAGACUUAAGUAUAUCAUUUUUAAUUACUGCUGCUACUUCAUCCUUCUAUUGCUCGCUAGUUUGAUCAUUAUCGACAUGAUUCACUUCACUGCUCAUAUGCCAAAUAUGGAAGAUUUAGAAGAAGCUCAAGUUAUGGCUGGUGAACCUAUCUUUGAACCAACUAUGAUAGAACAAAUGCCAGUGUUUGAGCCAGUUAUCAUUGAAAUGCCUCCAGUCAUGGAGCAACCACCAAUGUUUUAUCAGCCUCCGAUGUUUGAUCAACCACCGAUGCUCGAAAUUUUGCCAGAACUUAUCACUAUGAACAAUGCCCAAUCAUUCCCUGAUUUCACACCUUCCCUCCCAUUAGAAGACAUGGUGACAAUCUCAAUCAUUACUGAAAACAACCAAGGUGUAGAACUCUCUGUUAUUUCAAUGAACACCGAUAAUUUUGUACUUGAUCAAGCUUUCGGAACCCCAGAAAUUGCUAAUAUUGAUGAUGAGCUUACCAUGGCUUUACAGUCUCUCCAAAAUGAUAUCUUGAACCUCUCGCCAGUUAUGGAUUUCCAAGACCCAAUGAUUGGUCCUCUUCCAGAGCUUCCAAUGCCACCUAUGAAUGACAACUUUUUACCAUUCACUGAAGAAGAUUUAGAUUUCUGGUUGAACCAUCCUGAGCCAAUGGCGGAAGAUCCAUUCUUGGAUACCUUCCUAUUUGAUCAAGACCUUGAAGAUUACUUGGUGAUGAUUGAUGAACCUCUUGAGUCAGAGCCCCUUGAAGACGGUCAUAGAAACCUUGGAGAAAGACAUCACAAGAAGAAGCAUGGCAAAGAUAGAAAACAUCAUGGAGGAAAGAAGCAUAAAGGUAAGAAGCAUGGAGGUAGAAAGCAUAAGAAGCAACAUGAUAAAGAUACCCCUAAUGCUGAAUUUGAAGAUAUGCCUUGGGAUGGGGCACAUGCACCUCCACAUGCACCACCUCAUGGACCACCUCAUGGACCACCUCAUGGACCACCACAUGAACCUCCUCAUGGACCACCCCACGGUCCUCCACCAACGGAUGGUUUCUAUUCCAGACCCCAAUGGCAAGAAGGACAUAGCUUUGAUAUCAAGGAAGCCAUGAUAACUUUCACAGUUAUUAUGUGCUGAAUGGUCUUCAUUGAUGCUUUAAUCGCCGCCUCCCUUGUUAAGAAAUUGUAUCAAACUCUUUUAAAAAUUGAAGAAGGUGAAAAACUUGGCCUCAAAUGCAACAAAAAGAGCAAGAAAGAGAAGAAAUGUAAAAGAGUUAGAAAUAGAGAAGAAUCUAAACUAGAAGUCUGCACAGAUAUUGAAAGCCAUCAAGUGAUCUCUCCAGUUGUUGAAGAAGAGAAACAAGAUCCAAACAUGACUAUUAAGUCUAAUGAUAGUGAAGAUAGUUUGGUCAAAGUUGCUCCAAUUGAAGAGCCAAUUCCAAAGCCUGCUAAACAAAUUGCUCCACCAGUUCCUACAAGAAGAGCUAUUCCACAAAUUCCUGUUGCUCCAAUCCAGCAGGUUUUACCAAAUGGCUACCCUUCUACCAUCCAGAUUGAUGGAAAGACUUUCAUGGCCAUUAAGGCUUCUGACUUUGAGCAAUUGCAAAAGAAGCCAGCUCAGAGCUUCUAUUUCGCUCCAAGAAAUUACUAAUUUCAUUGGUGCUAUUUCAAGAUAACUCAAUACACUUUCAACCAAAUUA